GAUGAAACAUUUGAUUUUAUAUAUGUGCGAUUUAUGGCUUCUGAAAUACCUGAUAAUAAAUUUAAAGAUAUAAUAAAUGAAUUGACAAGAAUUUUAAAAAUUGACGGAUAUUUUGAAAUUAUGGAUGUUGAUGUUAGAGGUUGUAACGAAGGAAUAGAAACACAAGAAUUUAUGUCUUCAG